AUGGACUGUAAAAACACUACCUUUGAUCAAUAUGGCUAUUCCAGUCGGGACAAGGUUUUUGUAUUCAAUUCGUUCUUCUAUAAAAAGCUGACGGAUAAGCAGCCUUCAAUAUCAAUUUUGAACAAGAACCAGCGUAGUUCUAUUGGUCGCUUUGAGUGGAUAAAACGAAACUUUGCUAACAUAAAGACGUGGACAAAGAAAGUGGAUAUUUUUAACAUGGAUUACCUUGUUCUGCCAAUUAAUGAUGAAAUGCACUGGUAUCUCGUAAUCAUCGUGAAACCUUCAUUGGCUGUAGUUACAAAACGAUCAGAGGAUGUUGAACAAGCACGAAAGCGAGGGAAAUGUGUGCUCGAUAUUUUGAGAGACUAUCUCGAAUGCGAAUUAGCCGACAAGCGCGGUUCUUAUCGCGAGGUUUACCUCGAUCGAACACGUAUCGGUGCGUUAUAUCCUCAAGGUGUUCCGCACCAGGAAAACUACGUUGACUGUGGGCUUUACCUUCUGCAAUUUGCUGAAGCAUUUUUAACCAAGCCACCAACUGCAAAGAUGUUGCAACAAGGUGUUCGUUGGAAUGAAUUGUAUCCAUGGUUCGAUCACUCUGUAUCUUUUAUGAGGGAGAAGAUCACCAAGCGUUUAAGGAGUCUUUGUGAUUUGCAGACAUGGCGACGUUUGGAAGCAUACGAACGUCAACAAGGUCGUGGCGUUAGUAUUGAAACAACUGGCGCCAUUAUCGAUCGUGCCCGACGCCCUCGACGACACAGUGAAACGCACUUACGCGAACGUCACCCACGGGCACGUAAAUGGACACACUCAGAACCGCCAAAUAUUAAGAAAUGCGCUCCUCCUGCUCCACGUGUAUAUAGAGCCAGUUACGAACCAUCCAUCACCAUGAGUAUUAUGAGCUAUAAUGGAGGAACUAUCCUCGCCAUGGCUGGAAAUGAAUGCGUUUGUAUUGCUUCAGACUUGAGGAUAGGAGAGCAAAUGACUACGGUGGCUGUGGAUCAAAAGAAGUUAAGUUCGUUACUCACUUGUCUAGCACCUUACAUAGUAACACUGGGUGUUUUGGUUCAUAAAAUUGCGGACAAGGUAUACGUGGGACUAGCUGGUUUCAACUCGGACGCGAAAACAGUGUUAGAGAAAAUUACCUUCAGGAAAACGUUGUACGAAUUACGAGAAAACCGAAAAAUAAAGCCAGCGGUUUUGGCUACAAUGAUCUCGAAUCUUGCUUAUCAACAUCGCUUCGGUUCAUUUUUCACUGAACCUCUGGUUGCUGGAUUAGAUCCGGUCACUAACAAGCCGUAUAUAUGUGGUAUGGAUACGAUCGGAUGUAUUGCUUCUCCUGAUGAUUUUGUUGCCGUUGGUACAGGACAGGAAUAUCUGCUUGGUGUAUGUGAAAGCUUCUGGAGAGAAAAUAUGAACCCUGAAGAGUUGUUCGAAGCCACCGCUCAGUCAAUGCUUGCUUGCUUAGAGAGAGACGCCGCGUCUGGUUGGGGUGUUGUAAUAUAUACCAUUACUAAGGACAAGGUCCGUUGUAAUAGUUUUCUUUACACAACCUACUUAUCCUAG